ACAGCCAGUAAUAGGCAUGUGUUGGAGUGAUUACCCAGGCCCCUUUGGAGAUCUCUUGCUGUGUUUUCUCAGGGACAACAAUGAAUGGACCAAUGGUGGGCUAGAAGGAGAAACACUGUGAACAGGUUCAAGGAAAGAGGCUUUGAUAGCUACAUACAGCUGGUCAAGUCUUAUCUCAAAUUCAAGAUUCAACCUGCUAGCAGACACAUUACCUGUCUUUUGAUAAUAGUAUUGAUGUUUUUUAGUGGAGAUUGUUAGAUGGGACAUUACUCUCUCUUUCUAUUAUGACGAACAGCCUGCAUGGGUGUAUUAGCCUUGCAUUAGAUACAGCCAGCUUCUUUGUGUGUUAUUACUGUUAUAAAGAAAUUAUCAACAUGAGACGUCUGCACAAAAACCAUAUGUGUCUGCAUCUAAAAUAGAACAGAGAUUGGAUGAGGAAAAAAAAAUCUUUAUCUCCAAGAUGGAAAGUUUGAAUGAAGUAUAGUUAGAUAGGGCCAAGAGUUUAUAAGUUGUGUUUGAUUUUGCUCCACAGAUUAUAAGACUGAAAUAUUAUAUAUGAACUGUGAUAGACUAUGUGGAUACUAUUGUAAAGCCAGGGAAACUUUUUUUGUUGAUUGUGCUGUCGUUUAAUGCUUAUAAAGAAAAGUGUGUAGCCUGUCCCAGUGUAAAGAAGCUCCAUUCAUUUUAAGCAGCCAUUUGUGACAAAACAUUCACUUCAAGUUGUAUUUGAAAAGAGCUGGGUUGAAAAGUGUACAUGUUAAUUACAUAGAUUAGUAUAUUUGGGACACAUCUACAAUUGAUUGUCGACUUAAGCCGAACGAGCAUGAAAAGGAGGCAUAAACAGGACCAUUGUUUAACUGGUACAAAUUUUCAGGAGACUACUAUUGUUAACACCCAAAUUCAGGACAAUCAAAUGGUUGACAAAGUGCAAUGAACUUGCAUGAAUAUGAUCCGCAAAUUUCUGAGUUUAAUUUAUUAAGAAGUCUGUGCAAGUUGAUCAGAGUGUAUGUUUUUAGGUUAUCAGAAGAAGUAGACAGUCUAGGAAUAGAGUAGGACUGAGUAUGUAAAUGUAGGAUUAGCUUGCUAACUGGAUAUAUUAUUAUGGUUUACCUGGCCUAUAUCUGAUCACUGACAUUUCAGCUUGUAUUACAUGAACCUAUAUUAUCUAUUCUUGUGUGUUCUAACAGACUACUCUAUUCAAACUGUAUGUGUGUUUGUACAGUUUCUGCCAACAUUUAAGUGCACAAUAAACAAAAGCUUUUUAUUAUAAAAGUUUUGAUGGAAUAGCUGUGUUGUAGGAGUUUGAGGUUUUAAAGUAAAAGAUGUUUCUGGCCAAGGCUUUGUACGAUAAUAUAGCGGAGUCGCCAGAUGAAUUGGCCUUCAGACGGGGCGACGUUAUUACAGUAGUUGAACAAGAUCCAGGUGGACUAGAAGGAUGGUGGUUAUGUCAUCUUCGUGAUAAACAGGGCAUAGCACCUGGAAAUAGAUUAAAAAUAUUAUCUGGAAUGAUAGAUAAAGAUAAGGAUUUGUACAGUUCACCGAAAGGAAGUCCACGUAAUAGUUGGGAUGCUUUAAAGACUCCACCAAGAGAAACAAUGGCUACAAGAGGCAUGCAAGAUUAUGAUGUUCCUCGCUCCCAUUUACAAACAAGUGCUCAUAACAGAAGCUCAGGAGAUGCCAGUUUUCAGGAUUGUUCGAACCAGUCAUUUUAUGACACUCCUCCUUCCAAUCGUCCUGUAGGACGAUCCCUCAAUAAUGACAGUGCUUAUGACAUUCCAACACCAGAAAAAGGCAACAAGGAUGGAUACAAUAUUCCUUCAAAUCGCUCAAGUAUGUUAUCUAAUGCAUCCAAUGAUUCCUCUGUAACUCUCUCAAGUUGUGCUUCAAACAAUAGUUUUCAUCGCUCCUCCAUACCAAGCACAGGUGAUUCUGCUCGCUCUAGUUUGGAUGUGUCUUCAAAUGACUUUUAUGAUAUUCCUCGUGAAAAUCGUACAUUAAAACAACUUUCAACAGACUCAGGCUUAGACCUGUAUGACUCUCCUCAGAAACCCAAACCUGUGUCUCAAAGUUCAUUUAUAGACGAUUAUGAUGUACCAAAAGGAGGAACAUUGAAAGCCAAUAAGUCUGGUAAUAAUAUAUCACGUCGAGGUAGUCUAGAACAUGCUUUGGAUGAUAUUUAUGAUGUGCCAAAAAAUAAUGCUCCUCGUGUGGUGCUUAGUACUAGUACAGGCAACCUAUCUUUCAGCCGUGCUGUUAGUGAUCCUGUAACUCCUUUAAAUGUGUAUGAUGUUCCACCUCAAGUUACACGCGAUUCAGUUAUUUCUGCACGCUCUGAUUCUUCAGAGGAAGGUCAGAGAUUAUCAACUUGUAGCACAGACUCUCGGUUAUCGGAUAUACCAAAUUAUGAUGAACUGUUGUUGGACUUGGACUCCGCUCUAGAAAGGUUGGUAAAAGUACAGCAAGAUGUGUCCAAAUCUAUAAAUAAACUUUUAUCAUACGUCAGCAGCACAUGGCGCAAAAAAGAAAGUCUAGAAACCAAAAUGUAUGAAAUCAAACUAGCCUGUUCAAAUGUUAAGAAAACAUUAAGUGAAUUUGUUCAAUUUGCAGAAGGAGCUCUAGGUAACUCAACCAAACUCUCUGAUAAAAAAUUAGUUAACAAGUUAUACAAACAGUUAAUUCCUCUUCAAAAUAGCUUACACAUGAUUUGUGCUGCCAUGUCAUGUUUGGAGGAAGAUAAAUGGCAGGUGUCUCUACUGUCUGAACCCUUGGAUGCUAACAAAGCAGAUAGUCUUGGUCAGAUUACAUCCAUAUCUAAAGAUCUGACCAUAGAUGUUCGUAAACUAGCAUCUUUUAUUCAAGGUAACUCAUCUUUAUUAUUUAAGAGAGCCUAUGAAGUUGGCUUUAAUAGAUCAGAUUCGAAAUGCUCACUUGAUGAAUCCGGAAUUUAUGCCAAGCCACCUAUUGGUCCAAAAGGAGAGACUGCAUCUAAAACUUACGCAAAACCAAGAAACUUACAACAACGACCUUUACCUCCACCUCCACCACUAGAUCGACCACUGCCACUAACUCCAGUAGAACAACGAAUGAAGAGCAGGAGUAUGAAUUCACUAAAUGCCAAGGAUAAAGAUCUCAAUGACUACCAAAAUCAAAAUUUAGCAGAAGGUAUCUAUUCCAAUGAUACCCUGGAAGAUAACCAAGAGUAUGAUUAUGUUCAACUCGAGACUAAUGAUGCUGCAGCUCAUAAAAAACAAAAGGCAGAAAUAGAAAAGAAAGAGUCUUCUGAACCUCCUGAGCUACCACGGAAAUCUAGCAGUUUGGAUAGUUUAGAGGAUGAAUUGUAUGAAACUUUGAAACUUUCACCAAUGCCCCCUAAAGAGACUUCUGCCCCAACACUACCAGAGAAAUCAUCUAGUAAAUCGGCAUCCUCCAUAAGUUUACCUAAAUCAGAGCCAGAUGUAGAAACUCAGUCCCAUCCAGAUAAACCAGUAGUUACGGAAGUUGUUCAUGGUGAAUAUAAACCAGAGUCUGAAAUUGUAACUCAGCUUGAGCCAGAAACCCCAGAAAAAUCUGGUCCUCCUGCUACCAAGCCUAAACCAACUCCACCGGUGGCUCUUCCUAAACCAGAACUACCUUUCAAGGAUUCCACAUUCACAAAAGAUCUGGUUGGUGAUAUUGAGGAACAAAAGAAAGAUCUUGCAGAUGAAGUGAUCAAUAAAAUUGUAACAGGUGAAGAUCUUCAGAAACAUUCAACUGAUGCCGAAAAUGUUGUGUCCAAAGACAAUGCACCUGAAAAUAUGGUUCCACCAGCAUCAGCUGAGUUUAACAAUAGCAUGGUUGACUUAUCUCAGUUAGAUCUUUGUAAUUUUAUUGUUGAUGAUCUCAAAACCCCUGUCAAUACUAACAAAGAUCUUGACUUUAUUUUACCAGAAAUUACCUUUGAAACUGAAAAUAUUGUGACCCUUGACACCAAUGAUAAACAAGUUUUAGUGUAUUAUGGUGAACAGAUGGGAACCCAUACAACCUUACUAUCAAACGCUAUUGAUGCAUUUUUAAACUGCAUUGAAAACAGUGAACCUCCCAAGGUUUUUAUAUCAAACAGUAAAUUUGUUGUGUUGUCAGCUCAUAAACUAGUGUAUAUGGGAGAUACUUUACAUAAAAACCUUAUUAAUUCACAAGUACGCAACAGAAUUAUGUUGUGUGCUAACCAUUUGUGUGAUGUGCUAAAACAAUCAGUGAUGGCCACUAAAACGGCUGCCUUACAAUAUCCAUCUGUAGCAGCAGUACAAGAAAUGGUGGACCGUAUUAUGGAUGUGUCACAUGCUGCUCACAAUAUGAAAGUUGUUAUUUCACAAUCUGCAGCGUUAUAGUUGCAUUGUAAAAUUGGAUUGUAGAUUAACAUUUCUUUGUUUACUUUCUCUCUCUCUCUCUUGUGCUUUCAAAGAAUAGAGAGAAAUAGUUUUGUGUGUAUCUGGACAGAAAAUGGACAGAAUCAGACUUUCCAUCCAAAGUUUGGAUAAUAACUAAAUGUUGUAUUUAACGGUGCCCGUUUAUACAAUGUAUAUAAAAGCUCACUAUAUAUCUAUUUUGGAUAGAAUUCUAGAUAGACAUUUAAUUAACAAUUAUCCUUCUUUUUAGAGAACAUGUAUAUAUUUAUGUAAAAUAAAUGUCUAUAUUUAAAACAGCAAUUGUUAAUGCAUACACACAUGGGUUUUAAUUUUUGUACUCAACUAAAGUGAUAUAAUUUAUUUCAGUCAGGAUAAAUUAUUAAUCUGAAAUGGUUAUUAUUAUUCCAUUUAAUUCUUUAAACUCAGUCUACAUUUUACUUCAUGGUGUGAUAUAAUUUUGGCUAAAUAGAUUUUCCAUACACACUUUUUAUACAUCCAGAUUGAAAUGUGGUCAUAUAUUGUGGGCUAUAGGCAUAUGUUUUAUUGCCUAGUAACCCUACCUUUUUGAAACUAUAGGUUCCACAGAGCAAAUUUAAAAUUUAGUUUACAUGUGAAAAGAAACAAGUGUUAUGGGGUAUAACAAAUACUGUGCUGUAUGGUAAAUAUUUCACACCAAAAAUGCAUGCUGUUUGUUUUGUAUUAUUAACAUUAAUAACUCAAAAACUUGACUUGUGAACACUGUUGUUCAUCAAAUUAAACUGGAACUACUUCAUAUAAAUAAUGUAAGAUAGAUCAGAGACUCAAAAAUUAAAUAAAUUUUAUAAUAUGGUAUAUUUUUUCUGUUAUUUUCUUGGUUUUGUUAUGUUUGAUAUAAAGAUAGUAUGUUAUAAUGAAUUAUAAAGAUAGUAUGUUAUAAUGAAUUAUAAAGAUAGAUUAUUAAGUCAGUAUUAUAUAAAAUGUGCUAAUUAUAUAUCAUUUAUAGAACAUACUGAACAUUGACCAUUGUUCUAAAUUACAUGUAUGUUGUCUUCCAAACAUUGAACAAGCAGAAACUUACUAGAACAUUUCAUUAUAUUUCUGUUGUUGAUUAUUAUUCAAAUUAUAUAAUAUAGAUGUUGUUCUGGUAAGUAAAGUUGCUGAUCAUCAUUUGCAAUUUUCGAACAAUAUCUAAUAAUUCACAACAUAAUACAUGUUUAAAUGUACUCAGUUGAUUAUUUAACAUUUAGUCAAGAAACCAAAUCAAAAUAUGAAAGGUAGAUAAUCUUCCAGCAUGGAUUCAGUCUAUGAAAAGAGGUCUAUUAAAACAUUUUAGCAACGAUCAUAGGUGGCACUUGCUUCUAUUGACCAUAUGGUCUAUAGAGGAUGCCAAAUGUUGACAAAUUUUUGAUUGAUAUAACUUAAACAAUAUUGGAGUUUGUAAUUAAUUAAGAAUCCUAUAAAUGAUGAUCAGAGACUUUAAAUGCACUCUCUAUUAUUAACUCAUUCUAUCCACCUUAAACUGUCCAGUGAAAUUAUUGUACAAACAUAAAAUAAGUUUUUAACGGGCAUUAAUAGGGUUGUGCAUUGUAAAUUCCUUAGAAAUUGACAGAUGUUUCAUAAAUUUUGCUCUGUAAAUUGCUUGGUAUAAUUAUUGGUCAUGAAUAUUAUUCACAAUAUUAUGCAUGUAUUUUACAUGGAAAUUUUUCAUUAAGGAAAUUCCUCAUUGUUAAAAAAACAACAGCAAUGCAACAAAUUUAUUGUGCAUAUAGAUCUUUUCUGGUUUUAUCAAUUUUAAAAUCUGUAUUAGGUUCUUUUAUUAACAUAAUUUUGUUACCAAUGAGGAAUUACUUUAUAAGUGUUUUUCAAAUCAUGUGCCUUUUUGUGUAUUAUACUAAACUUCAAGUGUCCAAUUAACAUAAUUGAAAUAAUUUUGUAAUUAUUGGAUGUGGGUUUCAUAUAAAAUUGACUAAUAUUGAUCUCAGUUUAGUAGGAAUAUUGAUGAUUAUUUUUUUUUUCAUGUAAGAAAAUACAAUACUUCAUUAUCGUAUAUUUCAUACAUAAGAAAAUACUCAUCACUUUCUCCAUUUCGCUAAUGUAAAGUGUGAUUUUCUCAUUAGAAUACCAUCUUAAAGAUUAGUGUCAAAAUUUACUUACAUUUAUGCAAGAUCACAUUUUAAACAUCUACUUAACAUUGUUUUUGAAAAGACAUCCAUUGAACAAUAUGCAAUUUAUUACAGCUACCACCAUAUAGCAUUUAUAAGAUAUUUUUGUACUAUUUUCAAUCAUACAGUCUUCCACAUAACUUACAGCAUUAAUAUUAAACAUGGUUUAGAUUAAUAUUUCAGUAUGGAAAUGUACAAAACUUUGAUGAAAUUGUAAUGGGUUGUGUAAUUUUAAAGUAAUGACAAAAAUACUAAUUUAUUAUAUUGCUUGAUGAGAUACUUUACAAAGAAGUCAAUGGAUAAAGUAGUUAAAAAGAAACAAUGCAAUCUGUUACAAUAAAAUAAAAUUAAUUAAUAUAGCCUAUACAUGUAUGUAUAAAAUAACUAUAUAAAGUAGCUGUGUAUGAUAUUUAUUCCAUGUUAUUAUUCCAUAUUAAAUCAAAGUAAUUGUCCAUGUGAAUUAUUUAGACUGUACAUGUGCCUUGCUUAUUAAUAUUAAUAUAAGUUAUAAUGUAUUGAUAAUUUAACAAAAGCUUUUCCUCUGUGGACAGAUACAGUAGAAUGAAAAAUAAAGAAUAUAGGAGUCA